CCCCACCACCGGUCUAGCACAGCCAUCCUCGCCCCCUUUUUAUAGAUGGCCUGGGUGGUGGCCUUGGGCCCGGCCGUGGAGGCCAUAUGGGAGGCCCUGAUGGAUCUCUGAGCCAUUGCAGCCGUGCUUGCGGCAAAUGAUAUCCGAGAGAACCCACUAAUUACGCUGCUACUUCAGUUCGAACGACGCACCCGGCACCGACUGACCGAUGAUAAUUGUCCUGCUGCUUUGUCGGCGGGACUCAGGCUCACCAUUACUAUCAGCGCAGGCUUAGGCCGUGGUGGUUGUUGAGCAUUUGGGACAAAGCUACGGCGGUAGCCGGCUACAUACUCGGACUGUCAGGUCGAUCACGGAAGCAGUCGUCGUUGCAGUCAUCGUUGCAGUGACUAGCCACCCGAGCAGGCUAGUGCGGUUUCCCCAGCUUUCCAACGGACCGUCGACAAGUUAGGAGGUACAUCCUACCAACAGUAGCGACUGUGCGUGCCACCAGAGUUGAAAGUUACUCGUUACCUUUCCACCUUCUAGGCAGCUCUCGAAACACACUACCCUACCUAUCCUUCGUGUCUUUAUACCCUAGGUAUUUACCUAGGACGGGGGUCCUAUUUGCCAAACUACCACUACCUGCCCAGGUGAUUUCUGUUUGUCGCUGCAGCCUGGCUUGUGAUAGAUCCGUGACUGGCGUGUUUGGCCGGCACGCCUGCCUGCAUCAUUGCACAUUUCUACAAAGGCUCCUCUGAAAGCCACGACGGCACCCCGGCGUGGCUGUAGGCCCCCGUCUGCCCUCCGAGUCGGCAAUCCACAUACACUAGGUACCUCCAACACCCAGCCCUGACGUAUGCAGCCAGGGUCGCCUUCCCCUCGACGAGCCAUCACAACUCCACCCACACCGACUACCUUUGCCUCCUCCUUUCUUUACACACACCAUGGGUGCCAACUUUGCGCAUAGGCGCCUCGGGAAAGAGUUGACAAAAAUCACUGGCAACCUCCCCGCUGGCAUCUCUCUUGUGUCUGCCGACGACCUCGAGACUUGGUACCUGGAUAUCAAAGUCCUUGACGACAACCCGCUCUACCCAGAUGUCUACAGGCUGAUGUUCAGAUUCGGACACCAGUACCCAAUCGAGCCUCCUGAGGUGACCUUCGUCCAGAAGCCCGACCGCCCAAUACCGAUACACCCCCACAUAUAUUCAAACGGCAUCAUCUGUCUCGACCUCCUGGGCCAGCAAGGAUGGAGCCCGGUGCAGAACGUUGAGAGCGUGUGUAUGUCACUGCAGAGCAUGCUGACGGGCAACACCAAGAAUGAGCGCCCGCCUGGAGACGAGGAAUUCGUCCGGAGCAACCGACUGCGGCCGAGGGACAUCGAUUUUUACUACCACGAUAAUAAGGUCUGAGUGCGAACGAGCUCCCUCCGGCUCAUUUUCCACGGAACCUCAGAGUUGACGGCGCGGCUUUGACGAGAAAAUGGACACACAAAGGGAAGACACUGUUGUGUGUGUGUGUGUGUUUGUGUGUGCCCCUAGGGCUUCAGCGACGAUUCAUUGGAGUUUGGUUGGUUGCCAUUUUCCUAGCGCUUUUGGGAAGCCUAUAACUUCACGUGCCCUUUUCGAUGUCCUUUUUGAACUCAGGUGCUAGGUUGGGUCCUUUAGAGGAAAUCAUCGUUUGGUGUGAGCAUCAUCAGAUGCCCACAGAUUGGGAAGGUCCAUAAAUAGAAAACCAUUGCCCUAGUAAGGGUGAGCGUCAAGCCAUCAGUCCAUACAGUUGCGUACCUUGACGUCUGACGUAUAAAAUAUUCGUGAGAGCCAUGUAAGGAGGCAGUAGCUUGACAACAUGACUCUGCCGACGGUCAACAUAUACACGUUCAAAACGUCGGCGUCCAAUAUGGG